CGGCCCGAGGGAUCUCCAGAGCGGGCCCCUUCCCCCGAGCACUGCCCUCCCGGGCUGUAGCGGCGCUGUCACCGCGCUUGGGGGGCCGUAGACAUUAUGCGUCUGGCCCUAGCUAGGCAGUUGAGGAACAGGCCUUGAGACGGACGUGACUUUCCUGAAGUUGCUCAGUGAGUCAGGAGCAUCUGCAUCGGGGCCCAGGUGCCCUGAUUCCUGGUCCAGGGCUCUGUUCUCCAUCCCAGUCUCCCGGCGGGUGCUGGUGGACGAGGUUUUAGGAGCCAGGACUGGGUAGAUGGUUGAGUUCUGGCAAGAGAAAGACGCAAGGUUUUGGCUUCUGAUGGCAGUGGGAGCAAAAGCAUCUGCAGCCCCAAACGCCAACUGGGUUCAGGCGUCUGAGGUGUUCGUUUAAAAUGGCCUUGUCAGGGACUCAUUGGCAAUUUUGCUUGAGUAGUUGAGGGAGAACUCAUUGCACAUUUUAAAUUAUAAAGACUUCCUACUAUGAUAUGAUUUUUCCUUGGGAGGUUCUUGGAAUUUGUGUGCGAUUUGUAUGUGCUGAAUCAGUUUUUCUGGUGUUGGCGAAUUGAGAGAGACAGUGAGCUAGCACCCAGAGCGUUGAAGGGGAAUUAGAAUACUUGAUUUUUUGCCUUGCCAAAGUUAGUAGUUACUUAGUGGCAAAAGCAAAUAAUUUUACCUCUUAAGAUUUCUAUUUUUCUAUUUUUUCUAUUUUUGAUAUGGAUAUACAAAAUUUUUCUAGAUUGUAUAUUCUGGUGUUCUUUACAAGGAGUUGAAUUCUUUCUUUGACACUCUGAGCAGCUACCAGGGUUGUGGUAGUUUUUUGACUUGUAGGAGUAAAUCAGUGCACCGCUUGAUGAUCCUUGGAAUUCUGGAAUUGUGCACUGGGAGGAGGCCAUAGACAUUGUCUCAUACUUUCUUACCUCUUUGCCUUUUAAAUAUGAGGAACUGAGACUGCAGUCAAAGUGACAUUGCCAACUUGGUUCAGUAGAUCCAAAACCUGGAGCCAGAUCUCCAAAGCCUUUUUAUACUUGAAGUUUCCAUGCUUAUGGGAGAGACGAGAUAUAUAUCUAGCAUUAGAAAAUAAUUUAAAAGCUACUACAUUAGUAUGUUUUCUUAUAAAUUGCCAACUUAAACUUAUUUGUACACCUAGAAGUCAGUGAGAGGAAAAACUGUAUUCUGUGGAAUGCAAGGUGAAUUCCCUUCUGUCCUUCCCCACCUUCUUCAGCACUGCUUUUUCUCACUAGGUGGACAAGAUUGUGGACCAGCUACAGCAGUUAAUGCAGGUGUAUGACUUAGCUGCCCUUCGGGAUUACUGGAGCUACCUGGAAAGAAGGCUCUUUAGCCGCUUGGAGGAUAUAUAUAGACCCACCAUCAACAAGCUGAAAACCAGCCUCUUCCGCUUUUAUCUUGUCUACACAAUCCAGGCUUAUUCUUUAACUUUGGGCACCAGUUCCAGUGAUCCUGAACUUUGAUGCAGAGUGCCAGAGGACGAACCAGAUUCAAGAAGAAAAUGAAGUUCUGCGUCAGAAGCUUUUUGCCUUGCAAGCUGAAAUCCACCGACUGAAGAAGGAGGAGCAGCAACCUGAAGAGGAGGCGGCCUUGGUCCAACACAAAUUGCCUCCUUAUGUCUCCAAUAUGGACCGCCUGGGGGACUCAGAGCUAGCCAUGGUAUGCAGCCAGAGGACCACCUCCCUCUCCCAGUCGCCUCGAGUAGGAUUCCUGUCCUCGUUGCUGCCUCAGAGUAAGAAGAGCCCCUCAAGGUUGUCGCCUGCCCAGGGACCUCUGCAGACUCAGAGCUCAGUCAAGAAAGAGUCCUUCAGCAGUCAGGCCUCCAAGGGUAAGGACCUGGUGCCAGGGGCCAAGGAUGGGAAGAGCCUCCUGGGCGGGCCAGCCUCGGGAGAGUCCAGCUGGGUACAGCAGCGGCAGCGGCGCCUGCAGGACCAUGGCAAGGAGAGGAAGGAGCUUUUCUCUACCACCUCCUCCCAGUGUGCAGAGAAGAAACUGGAAGCCAGUGGCCCUGAGGCUGAGCCCUGCCCAGAUCUCCACAUGGAACCAGUGGAGCCACUGACACGGGUGUCUACAGCAGGCCCCGAGGGAGGAGGCCGCCCAGAGCAGCCCUUCAUCGUGCUGGGGCAGGAGGAGUAUGGGGAGCACCACUCUUCCAUCAUGCACUGUAGAGUGGAUUGCUCGGGGAGGAGGGUUGCCAGCUUAGAUGUAGACGGGGUCAUCAAAGUGUGGUCCUUCAACCCCAUCAUGCAGACCAAAGCAUCUUCCAUUUCCAAGUCACCGCUGCUCUCUCUAGAAUGGGCCACCAAACGGGACAGGCUGCUCUUGUUGGGCAGUGGUGUGGGAACAGUGCGUCUUUAUGACACGGAAGCCAAGAAGAAUCUCUGUGAAAUCAACAUUAAUGAUGAUAUGCCCAGAAUCCUGUCUCUCGCGUGCAGCCCCAAUGGGGCCUCUUUCGUCUGUUCGGCUGCAGCUCCGAGUCUCACUUCCCAGGUGGACUCCUUGGCACCGGACAUUGGCAGCAAGGGCAUGAACCAGGUUCCUGGCAAGCUGCUACUGUGGGACACGAAGAGCAUGAAGCAGCAGCUUCAGUUCUCUCUGGACCCAGAACCCAUUGCUGUCAACUGUACAGCCUUCAAUCACAAUGGGAACCUACUGGUCACAGGAGCAGCUGACGGUGUCAUCCGGCUGUUUGACAUGCAGCAGCACGAGUGUGCCAUGAGCUGGCGGGCCCACUGCGGGGAGGUCUGCUCCGUGGAGUUCAGCUGUGAUGAGAAUGCUGUGUACAGCAUCGGCGAGGAUGGCAAGUUCAUCCAAUGGAACAUCCACAAGAGUGGCUUGAAAGUAUCUGAGUACAGCCUCCCCUCGGAUGCCACCGGUCCCUUUGUACUGUCUGGUUACAGCGGCUACAAGCAGGUUCAAGUGCCCAGAGGCCGACUCUUCGCUUUUGACUCAGAGGGCAAUUAUAUGUUGACAUGCUCUGCCACAGGGGGAGUCAUCUACAAGCUGGGUGGUGAUGAGAAGGUUCUGGAGAGCUGCUUGAGCCUGGGUGGCCACCGGGCCCCUGUGGUCACUGUGGACUGGAGCACUGCCAUGGACUGUGGGACCUGCCUCACUGCCUCCAUGGAUGGCAAGAUCAAGCUGACCACCCUCCUGGCCCAUAAGCUCUGAAGGACCUGCCUCAAGUGACACCACAGAAACAGUAUUGUCCUAGUGUUGGGGGAGAACAGACACACCCCUUCCAGGUUCCUGCCAGUGCAGCAGAUCUUCAGGCAAAGACUGUCCAGGGGGCUUGGGACUGUCCAGCUUCAGUGACUAGAACAGGAGCCUUAAGGAGCAGGUGGCAUGUUCUUCCCACAGAACAAAGUCAUGGGCUGAGAAGGAUCCUCUGACUGCGGGAGGAAAGCUCAGGAAGGAGAAACAGUGAUGGGGGCUGUGUUGGCCCAGGAGAGAUUGACAGUAUUUUAUAAAUAUAUCUCUGCUUAUUUUUCUUCUUUUUUUAAAAAAAGAGAAUGCUCUUGCAGUCA